GGAAAGCAAGGUCGUGUGCUUCUUGCCCACCCUGCCGCAAGCCUGCCCACCACAGCUAGCCUGAUUCGCUUGCUCCUCCUUCUAAUAAAUUCCGAGAGAACAAACCCACCACCCAUCGUCACCCAUCCACAAAUCCGCUACUCUUCCACUUCAGCCCAAAAUCCCAUCCCAUCACAUCCUCAACCACAGAUCCCAUCUACCUGAAGCAGAUCCUCCAGAACAACUCUACACCUCUCUUUUUGGCCGCAGACGAUCGCCAUAGCUAUCCUGCCAGACCCGACCACCGAACACCGACCUCCUCACACAGAGCUCGCAACCAUGUCCGACUUCACGUCCAACGAUACGGCGGAGAAAAGCUCCUCCAAUGGAUAUCCAAAUCUCGAGGGCGCAAAGAACAGUGUCAUCAACAGUAAGGUAUGUCGCAGUCUGGUCUUAUCUUGGUCCUUGGGAACUUCGCCUUGCUAACAUAUGAAACAGUUUCUCCAAGCUCCGAAGCUCCCAUUCACAUCACUGACCAGACUUUUCAGAUGCUUCCGCUGCUGCCAGCGCAGUUGCCAACCACCCUGUGACCCAGAGUGUCACUAAUGGUACGUUUUCUGUUUGGUGUUGUUGCGAGGACCGUUGUUGACACCUGCCAUAGGACCCGUCGCGGGCACCGUCAAAGAUCAACACGCUAAGACACAAGCCGAAUUCUCGAAUCUAGCUGCUUCCCGCACAACGCCGGCAACUACAGCUGCCACCGGUCAACAGCUCACCCACUACCACUCCUUCUUUGCCAGCCUGCUCUCAUGGGACAAUCCACGAGCCUCCGGCAUCGCCUUCUCCUCCAUUGUCCUGUUUAUCUUCGCUGCCCGAUAUCUUGAUAUCCUCCGAUAUACAUUCAAGGUUACAUAUAUGACAUUGGCUGUAACUUUGUUGGCUGAGGUUGCUGGAAAGUCAAUCCUGUCCCACGGGCUCACAUCUCAAUUCCGCCCAAAGCAAUACUACACCAUCUCCAAGUCAACACUCGAUUCUGUUACUUCAGAUGUCCACGAACUUAUCAACUUCUUUGUGAUCGAGUCUCAGCGUAUUGUGUUUGUUGAGAAUGUUGCAAUUUCUCUUGCUGUAAGUGUUGCUUGUUUCCCUGCAAGAUCAUGGCUGACAGAUUUAGGCUUUCUUCGGCUCCUUCAUUUCCUACUUCUUGAUCAAGUUUGUUCCAAUUUGGGGCUUAACUCUUCUUGCCACCACCAUUGCCUUUGCUGGACCUCUCGUUUACAAGACCAACAAGGAGGUUAUCGACCACUAUCUCGCUCAAGCUGCCGAUAUUGUAAAUCAGCAAACAAAGCAAGUUCGUGAGAUUGCUAGCCACCACGCCGCUCGUGCUACCGAAACCACCAAGCAAUACGUUGGAGACUACUCUCACAAGGCACAAGAACUCAUUGGUAACGCUCGUGGUCGAUCCAACUCCCCAGUUGCGUCUGCCAAGCCAGUUGCGAAGCCAUCAGUUCCUUCCUACAAGGACGAGGAUUUCCCAGCUGCACCAAAGGUCGAGUUCAAUGCUCCACCUUCCGUUGAGGAAUCUAUCGCCUCCUUGAAGACGGAAGAGCCUUUGAUUGACGCAUAAAGUGUCAACACGUGGCGAUCUCAAGGACUACCUACCAUAUGAAAAUGAAUAAUAAAACGAAUGGUGGUAUAGGGCAAAUCAACCGGAGGUGGCAGGGGGGAAAGUAAAAAUAUGAAUACGACCAGAUGACUUUGGUAUGAGGAAUGAUUCGAUGCAGCGUGGAUGAUGGGAUAUGGACUUAGCAGGUACUUAUGACGAUCAUGAGGGCUGCUGUAUGAUGUAUUGGUGAAUUUGGGAAUGGUCCUUUUUGCGUUUCCUCGUUACUCGGUCUGGUUUGGCAAUACCUGGAUUUGGGUUCUCUGCGUUGGGCUUUGUUUACCGGAUUCGAUGCGGGGUUUGACGUUUUUAUAGCAUGGCUUGCGUUAUCCUUUGAUUUUGUGUUUAUGGAUGACGGAGGGUGACUUAGAUUGUGGAUGAUGGAUAUGAAAAUUUGAUCCUUUUGAGUCUCUUGUAUGCUUAAUAUCGUGAACUUGUGUUCUGGCGUAGGAAUUUUUCUUGCCAAUCGACUUGCUCUGCUCCAAAC